AUGCCGAAGAAAAUGGGAGUGAACAGCAAAGCCGAGGCGGCUCGGGCUCGGAGAAGCGCCACCGAGGCCGAUCGGAAGGAGCGCGACGCCAGGGAGAAGGAAGAGCAGUACUGGCGCGAAGCCGAAGGAGCCAAGUCGCGAGCCGCCAAGAAGCGCGAGGAGGAAGCCGAGAAGCGGGCCGAUGCCGCAGCCAAGAAGGCCGAGGCCCGCCGAUUAGCGGAGCAGGAGGAGAAGGAUCUCGAGAAGAGCAUGAGGAAGCCUGAUAAGAAGGCUAACAGGGUGGCGGCCCCCCUGCCGAAGGUGACGGAGGUGGAGCUGCGUCGGAGGAGGGAGGAGGAGCAGGCGGCGCUGCAGCGGCGGGCAGAGGAGGAGAAGAAGAAGCAAAGCCGGAUCGCAGACGAGGAGGAGUACGAGAGGAUGGUCAGCUUGGAGAACACUAAUCGUGACGAUUCGAAGAUUGAGGCGAGGUCGGUGGAGGAAGCUAUUGCGCAGAUGACGCUGGUGGAUAGUUUGCCGGUGGACAAGCAUCCCGAGAAGAGGCUUAAAGCUUCAUUCAAGGCUUUUGAAGAAGCUGAGCUUCCUAAGUUGAAGGAAGAGAAACCGGGUCUCACACAUACUCAAUAUAAGGAUAUGAUUUGGAAGCUCUGGAAGAAAUCUCCUGACAAUCCCCUUAACAAGGUAAAAACGCGAUCUUUGGUGAAUAAGAUGAUUCAAAAACUUCUCCUUUUAGUGGUCAUGGUAAUUGGUUAA